AUGGCCUCUAUUCGCGUUCUUUCCUUCGAUGCUGAGGGCCGUCCCGUGCAGUUCACUUCCUGGCUCGACGACCUGCAGUUGUAUCUUAUGAGCAAUAGCACGGACCACAUCUCCCUCUAUGACUACGCGUCUGGUGCUGCCGCUGCUCCUGCUGCCACAGCCGAGCUUAGUGUACGUUCACAGUGGCAGACUCGUGACGCUGCAGCUCGCCUGGCUAUUCGCAGUCACCUGCCGUUCGCUGAGCUAGAGCACUUUGGCGACUGCAAAACCGCUAAGGCCCUAUACGACGCUGUCGUUGCUCGCUACUCCUCACCUGCCACAGCCGAGCUUAGCCGCCUCAUGCUGCCUUACCUGUUCCCUGACCUGUCCACCUUUACUACAGUCGCCGAUCUUAUCACCCACCUUCGCACUAGUGAUGCUCGCCUGCGUGCCGCCCUUCCCACCGAGUUCUGCGCUAAGAACCCCCCUCCCCUGUACUGGGCACUCCACUUCAUAGUCACCCGUCUCCCUGACACCCUCAGCUCAGUGCGCGACUAUUUCCUUGCUCGCUGUCCCACUGAGCUCACUGUCGCCCUCCUAGAGGAGAAGCUGCUAGCAGCUGAGAAGAGCAUUGUAGCUGUAGGUGCUGCUCGCGGCGCUCCUCGCACCCCCAUCUUUGAGGGGUGCUCUCCCUCUCCCCUCGCUCCCUCCUAUGCUACUGCUGCUGCUGUUGACUUCCUUGGUGCUGAGUCUGCUGGCGCUGCUUCUGCUCCUAGUGGGAGGCGCCGCACCGGCAAGGGCAAGGGGGGCAAGGGUGGCGGGGGUGGCGCUGGGGGGGGAGGGGGGGUGGGCCGGCGGCGGAGGCGGGGCGGGCGGGGGCGGAGCAGUGGCGGUGGUGGCAGCGGCGGCAGUGGCGGCGGUGGCGUGGGUGGUGGUAGUGGCGGUGGCGGUGGCGGUGGUGGCGGUCGGAGCGGAGGUAGUGGCGGCGGUGGAGGUCGGAGUGGAGGCACCGGCUCGGGCCAGAGCUCCCAGCAGCAGCAGCGUCCCCAGUCGACCCAGCAGCUUCGUGAGUGGCUUGCUCAGCGUGGGACGUCGGGGGGCAGUGGCCGCUGUUCCUAUGAGAUGGGCGAGGAUGUUGAGCGCCCCCGCUGGGCUGAGCUCAUGAGGGCUGGUGUUGAUAUCUUUGCUCUUGACUAUGAUGCUAUUAUUGCUGCCAUGUAUGCAUUGACUGUUAGUGCCGAGGAGAGGGAGACUGUUACUGUGUGCCGCCUGACCCAGGUAGAGGCCCGUGCCCUAGGUACUAGUGAGUCUGCUCUCUCUGGUAUGGUGCCCCCUGUACCUGCUCCCUCCAGCACUGUCCCUGCUGCUUGCGAGUCUGCUCUCUCAGGUACAGCACCCACAGAGACUGCUCUCUCAGUCCUUGCCCAGUCCACCACUGUCCUCCCUUGUCCGGCGGUUCCGUCUGGCUCGUUGACGGGUUUCCACCUCCCCUCGUUCUCGACGAACCUGACUCUUCUCUGGCACCACCGCCUGGGUCACCCCUCCUUGCCACGCCUCCGUGGCAUGCACCGUCGCCGCCUUGUGUCUGGUCUUCCCAGGUCCCUCCCUCCCCUCCCUGCCUCGCCUGCGCCGCCUUGCCUUCCUUGCGUCGAGGGGCGGCAGCGCGCCGCUCCUCACUCCUCCUCGUUCCCCCCGACAGAGGCUCCUCUGCAGACCCUCCACCUAGACGUGUGGGGCCCAGCCCGCGUUCGUGGCCAGGGCGGUGAGCGGUACUUUUUGCUGGUUGUCGACGACUACUCGCGUUACACCACGGUCUUCCCCUUGCGCACCAAGGGUGAGGUCCCUGCUGUUCUGAUCCCUUGGAUCCGCACAGUUCGUCUCCAGCUCCGCCGCCGUUUCCGGACGGAUCUUCCUGUCCUGCGUCUGCACUCUGACAGAGGUGGUGAGUUUUCCUCCGACCUCUUGAGGACCUUCUGUCAGGCGGAGGGCAUCGAGCAGACCUUCACGCUUCCGGACUCCCCACAGCAGAAUGGGGUUGCUGAGCGCCGCAUUGGCCUGGUCAUGGAGGUCGCUCGUACCUCCUUGGUCCAUGCGGCGGCUCCCCAUUUUCUGUGGCCGUUUGCUGUCCGGUACGCCGCGCAUCAGCUCAACCUCUGGCCCCGUGUCUCCUUGCCGGAGACCUCGCCCACACUGCGUUGGACGGGGGAGGUUGGCGAUGCGUCGCGCUUCCGGGUGUGGGGUGCUCGUGCCCUUGUCCGCGAUACGUCCGCGGACAAGCUCUCCUCCCGCACGCUUCCCUGUGUCUUCCUUGGCUUUGUCCCUGACGCGCGUGGCUGGCAGUUUUACCACCCCACCUCGCGCCGGGUCUUCGCCUCUCAGGACGUCACCUUUGACGAGUCGGUCCCUUUUUACCGUCUCUUCCCCUACCGCACUGCCCCCCUCCCUCCCCCGCCGCUUUUCCUUGCUCCUGGUCCCCCUCCAGUAGACCCCCUUCCCCCUCAGGGUCCUGCUCCUUCAGGUGUCUCUCAGGUAGACCCUCCUCCCGUCGCUGAGCCUGUCGAGGUCACAGGUGACUCAGGUGCUGCUGCAGGUGGUGCUGCUGGGAGUGCUGAGCCUGGGGGUGCUGAGCCUGCGGUCGGCGCCUGGGGUGCUGAGCCUGGGGGUGCUGCGUCUGGGGGUGCUGAGCCUGCGUGUGCGGAGUCUGGGGGUGCUGAGUCUGGGGGUGCUGCGCCUGCGGGUACUGAGCCUGGGGGUGCUGCUACUGAGCCUACGGAGCCUCGGGUUACUGCGUCUGGGGGUGCUCCGGUUCGGGGUACUGAGCAGUCUCUCACACCGCAGCAGCUUCGUGACUGGUACGUCCGGCGCUUUCGCCGUCCUAGUGGCUCGGCUGGAGCUGGGGACUCUGGAGCUGGCGGUGCUAGCGGAGUUGGAGCUGCCGACUCUGGGGGUGCUCUUCCUAGCGGUGCUGCGGACCCUGGGGGUGGCGCUGCUGCUGGUGCUGCGGACCCACCUGGUGGAGCUGCUGCUGGUGCUGAGGACCCGGCCGGUGGAGCUGCUGCUGGUGCUGUGGACCCGGACGCUGGAGCUCCUACUGGUGCUGAGGACCCGGCCGCUGGAGUCUCUUCUACUUCUGGAGACGCUGCGCGGCCGCGACCGUACUUCGUACCGCUCCUUCAGCAGGUUCUUGGGCAGGCUCCUCCUCCUUGUCCUCCUCCCUCCGUCGAGUGUCCUCCGCCUGUCCAGCCGCAGUCACAGUUACCGCCUGCCUCGCCUCUCCCUGCUCCCUCUCCUUAUACUGGUCCCACAGGAGGUCUUACAGAGCGUCGUGAGCCUGAGUCUCGUCCUGCGUCGCCUGUCCGUACUGCUCGCACUGGUCGUCGUGUCCGUCGUGAGCGUCCUCCUCCUGUCCCAGGCACUCACUACAUGACUCUGCGUCCCUCUACUGCUCCUCAGCGUGUCCCUCUGCCGUCUCCUCCUGCGUCCUCUUUGCCUGCUGUUCCGGACCCUGAGUCUGACCAGUAUCGUGCUGAGCACCCUACUGUCACGCGUCUCCUAGCUACUGUUGUCACUGACCCUACCUUUGAGUCCUCGGCUGCGUCUGCUCUGGUCGCUGAGUUGGUUGACUUUGCUGCUGCCUGUCGUCUAGACUACGCUGCUAGCCUUGUUGCUGAGUCUGAGUCUGUCUGUCCUUCGUCCGUCGGGGGUGAGUGUGCUCUUGGCACGGACGUCCUUGAGGACAGACAGGAGGAGUUCCAGUGUCUUGCUGCUGCUUUGCCCCGUCUCGUGUCCUUGCUAGUUGCCCCUGAGGGAGACCCGGAUGCACCAGACAUCCCGACCCCGCGCACUUACACUGAGGCGAUGGCGGGUCCCUACUCCUCUCAGUGGCAGACAGCCAUGGACGCCGAGAUGGCUUCCUGGAAGUCCACACGCACCUACGUAGACGAGGUUCCCCCUCCUGGGGCGAACAUCGUCAGUGGCAUGUGGAUUUUCAGGGUGAAGCGGCCGCCGGGUUCUCCGCCUGUCUUCAAGGCGCGUUACGUGGCUCGAGGCUUCAGUCAGCGAGAGGGAGUUGACUUCUUCCAGACCUUCUCCCCCAUCCCGAAGAUGACUACUCUUCGGGUGCUGCUGCACAUAGCCGCUCACCGCGACUACGAGCUUCACUCGCUUGACUUCAGCACUGCUUUCUUGCAGGGCAGCCUGCACGAGGAGAUCUGGCUGCGCCGCCCACCUGGCUUCACUGGGUCGUUUCCUCCUGGUACCCAGUGGAGGCUUCAGCGGCCGGUCUACGGUCUCCGCCAGGCUCCGCGUGAGUGGCACGACACACUGAGGACUACACUUGCGGCUCUUGGGUUCGCGCCUUCUACAGCUGACCCGUCGCUUUUCCUGCGCACCGACACUUCGCUGCCGCCGUUCUACAUCCUCGUGUACGUCGACGACUUGGUCUUUGCCACUGCUGACACUGCAGGACUCGCCUACGUGAAGUCGGAGCUGCAGAGGAGACACACGUGCACAGACCUGGGUGAGCUGACAAGCUAUCUUGGCUUGCGGAUCACCCGGGACAGAGCACGCCGCACCAUCACCCUGACUCAGUCACACAUGGUGCAGCAGGUUCUCCAGCGCUUCCGCUUCACGUACUCCUCGCCUCAGUCCACUCCUCUGCCUGCCGGUCACUCGCUCUCAGCUCUGCCUUCGGAUGAGUCCGUAGAGCCGAGUGGCCCGUAUCCAGAGCUUGUGGGCUGCCUCAUGUACCUGAUGACCUGCACUCGACCUGACCUUGCAUACCCUCUUAGCAUCCUUGCACGCUAUGUUGCUCCUGGCCGUCACAGGAAGGAGCACAUGGAUGCCGCUAAGAGGGUGUUGCGCUACUUGUGCAGUACGUCGGGCAUGGGGCUUGUGCUUGGAGGGCGAGACCGAGUUGUUCUCACAGGGCACUCAGACGCUUCUUGGGCAGACGACCAGGCCACUCAGCGGUCGUCUCAGGGUUACACCUUCAGCCUUGGCUCUGGCUCAAUCUACGCUACAGCCAUGGCUGCACAAGAGUUACGCUGGCUCACCUACCUGCUGACCGACCUCGGAGAGCGGCCUCGUUCUCCUCCAGUACUGUACGUCGACAACAAGGCUGCCAUUGCCUUGUGUGAGGAGCACAGACUGGAGCACAGAACGAAGCACAUCGCCCUGCGGUACUUCCUUGCUCGUGAGCUGCAGCAGCGCGGUCAGCUUUGUAUUCGCUACGUGGCCACUGAGGCCAACACUGCUGAUGUGUUCACCAAGGCGCUUCAGCCUCGUGACCAUCAGCGCUUCUGCACUCUCCUAGGCCUUGUGCCUACUGGACCUCACUUACUUACCUCUUGA